AUGGGGAAUUAUCCUCUAUCGAUCCCCAAGGAGAAGAUCCCCAAGGAGGAGAAGAUCCCCAAGCAGAAGGAGUUGUUCACUUGGGUGGUUAGAAAAUUAUCAUCUAUCGAUCCCAAAGGAGUUUAUUCUGAUACAUUCGUGGCCGAUCGUUGCAAAUGGCGUCUACUCGCGUAUCCCAUGGUUUAUAGUAGUAUUAGUAGCGAAAGAGAAUACUGGUUUGAUCAAACGCACACAUCACUGGAUAUUUCCAAGUUUGACCUUCCCGAUUAUAUGAUACACGAUGAAGUCAAGAUUGUUGCAGAAGUAGAUGUUUUCGAGGUUAUUGGUGAAGUAGAUGUGCCAGAGGAAACUAAGGGAAGCAUUGAUAUCAAUGGGUUUCAAGUUCCUGCUUCACAGGUAGAAUUUGUGAAAAGCCUUUUUAAAAAGCACCCAGGCUUUGUAUCAAGACUCUGUCCCAAGAACCCACAUCUGAGAAAAGCAUAUUUGAAUGUUAUACUAAGUCUGACUGAGACUCUGAGCAAGUCCCCUGAUGAACUCUCCAAUGGGGAUCUGGUGGACGCAUAUUCUGCACUACGAUUUGUGACAAACGCAGGGUUUAAGUUGGAUUGGUUGGAGAAGAAACUGAAAAAGACUGGUGGGACUCGGCUGCAAGAAAUUGAGCAAGAGUUGGAGGACUUGAAGGUGAAGCGUGCAGACAUCUUACGAUGGUAGUUAAGAGGUAGGAUCUUAUUGGUGUUCUGGUCUGUCUGUUUUGAUUUGUUUUAGUUUUGGAAACAGAGUCUUAAUUUGGGGAACAUCAAGAGAACUUGUUUUGUUGUUUAGGUCUUGCUAUGUUUCCUUAUAUUGUGCACUUUAG